AUGGCCCAACCAUCAAGUGCCAAGUCGUCUGGAACGGCUUACGGACCUAUGGUGGUAGACCACGAUCGCGGGUACGACGAAAAACAGGAAGGGGUUGAAGUCAGUGGGCGCGAGAUCAACCCUGCCUCCGACUCGACCACGUCGAGAUACCAAGACCGGCCUGAUCCGGUCGAGGACUUGAAGGAGCGCCUCUCGCAAUGGGGUGAGUCUAGUGUCUAUGCCGGUUACUCUGAUGAUGAAGAGCAAGGGUCCGAACAUGAACUUCUCUUAGAUCCCAAUCUGCCCGAAGAAUACGAGACGAGAGUACGAAAGGCCUCGACUCCGACGGAAGAGGUCGACGAUGAGCUCGCCAUGAAGGCUGAGGAGGAGGAGGACUCACCGUAUCCCGAAGUUCGCGCCGCCGUCCGCAACUACGACGAAGAUGUGCCAUGCAACACGAUCCGAGCAUGGACAAUCGGUCUCCUCCUGGUCACCGUUGGUGCCUCCAUGAACACUCUUUUCUCACUGAGACAGCCUUCCAUCGGUCUUGGUCCUUUGAUCGCUCAGAUUAUCGCCUGGCCUAUGGGACACGGAUGGGCGAAGGUCAUGCCAACGAAGCAGUUUAAGACAUUCGGCAUCAAGUGGAGUUUGAAUCCGGGUCCGUUCAACGUGAAGGAGCAUUCCAUCAUCGUUGUGAUGGCUGGUGUUUCGUUCUCUGUCGCGUACGCUACGGAUAUCAUUCUGGCUCAGCUUGUGUUCUACAAGCAGGACUUUGGUAUUCUCUUCCAGCUGCUCCUCACCAUUUCGACACAGUCGCUUGGCUACGGAAUCGCCGGCAUCAUGAGAAAGUUCCUCGUUUACCCGGCAGCCAUGAUCUGGCCCGGAAACCUGGUCUCCGUCACAUUGAUGAACGCCAUGUACGAGAAGAACGACCGGCCUGAUCCGAGCUUUAUUGGUGGCAGCAUGCCCCGAUACAAGUGGUUCUCCAUCAUCGUGUUGGCCUCCUUCUGCUACUACUGGAUUCCGGGUUUCCUGGCCCAAUUCCUUAGCAUCAUGGCAUUCGCGACCUGGAUCGCUCCCAACAACGUGAUCAUCAACCAGCUGUUCGGUGGUACCAGCGGUCUGUCUCUGCUGCCAUUGACCCUCGACUGGACUCAGAUCUCCGGUUUCGUUGGCUCUCCGCUUAUUCCUCCAUGGCACGCCAUUGCCAACACCCUCAUCGGUGUUGUCACAUUCUUCCUGAUCGGCUGCUCAGUCUUCCACUACUCCGGUGUCUGGUACGCCCAGUUCCUGCCCAUGAGCGAUUCGGGCACCUACGACAACACCGGAAAGCCGUACAACACCAGCCGCAUCCUGACCCCUCAGCUGACGCUGAACGAGGAGGCCUACAAGAACUAUUCGCCUCUGUUCAUCAGCACCACGUUCGCUAUGUCUUACGGCCUGUCCUUCGCUGCCAUUGCUUCCCUGAUUGUCUACACCUACCUGCACAACGGCAAGCAGAUUUGGGCGCAGUACCGCGGCAGCACCAAGGAGAAGCCAGAUAUUCACAUGAAGCUGAUGAAGAAGUACAAGGAGGCGCCGACCUGGUGGUACAUGGGCUUGUUCGUGAUUAUGCUUGGCCUUGGCUUUGUCACCGUCCUCGCGUAUCCGACCAACCUGACAUGGUGGGCCUUCCUUCUGGCCGUCGCCAUUUCCUUCGGCUUCUCGCUGCCCAUCGGUAUCAUCCAGGCCAUCACCAACAACCAGAUCGGCCUGAACGUGCUUACCGAGUUCAUCUACGGCUACAUCCAACCCGGACGGCCGCUCGCCCUGAUGAUCUUCAAGACAUUCGGCUACAUCACCAUGUCCCAGUCGCUCAGCUUCGUGUCUGAUCUCAAGUUCGGCCACUACAUGAAGAUUCCCCCACGCACCAUGUUCAUGUGCCAGGUCGUGGCCACGACCUUCUCCUGCUUCAUCCAGAUCGCGGUGCUCAACGCCGCGCUGAAGAACAUCCCGGACGUCUGCACGCCGCACCAGGAGAAUAAGUUCAGCUGCCCCGGCGGUCGUGUCUUCUUUGCCGCCUCCGUCAUUUGGGGUCUCAUCGGACCAGCCCGCAUGUUCUCCCCGGGUCAGGUCUACUCAGGCCUCUUCAUCUUCUUCGGCCUCGGCGCCAUCCUCCCCGUCAUCAUCUACUUCGCCGCCCUGAAGUGGCCCAAGUCCCCCGUCAAGUACCUCAUGGCCCCCGUCAUCUUCGGCGGUGCCGGCGCCAUCCCUCCUGCCACGCCCCUCAACUACCUCAGCUGGGGUGUUGUCGGCUACAUCUUCCAGCACCACAUCCGCAAGAGACACUUUGGCUGGUGGUCGCGCCUCAACUACCUCACCUCGUCCGGUCUGGACCUGGGUCUGGCGCUUGCUACUUUGAUCAUUUUCCUGGCCUUCACGCUUAACAAGAUCGAGCCGCCCAAGUGGUGGGGUAACGACAUCGUGACGGCGACGAUGGAUGCGCAAGGCACCGCUGUUCAGACGGUGCCAGGGCCAGGGGAGAAGUUCGGACCCAAGAGCUGGUAA